AUGCCCCGACCAUCACCACUCGCCUGUACAGAGUGUCGGAAGCAACAUCUCAAAUGCGACGCGAAAACACCCUCUUGCUCUCGCUGCCUCCAAAACCGCCUGGAUUGCAAUUAUCUCCCGUCUCGCCGAGGAGGGCGGCGGAAAAUCCGCGAAGCCCUCCGACAGCAACAUGCUGCAUCUUCGGACUAUUCUCAUGCUGCUUCGAUUGGCUCUGGACAGCAGGCCCAGGGUAUCGCCCCAGUCGAGGAGGGCCAUGAUUCUUCGGACUCAGAUGCUCGUCUAGUACGAUUGUACUAUGAUAAUUUUCACUCAGCGCAUCCCAUCCUGGUUCCGGCUCCCUUGUACGAGGAGCGCAAGUACCCAGCAUAUCUACAUGAAGUGGUCAUGUUCAUAGGCAGUCAUUUCCUACAGCUAUCUAAUGGCUCUCUACCUGAUAUGGCUACCGUGCAGUUGAGCGCCAGUCGAGAGAGGACGCCGUGCAAGGCUCAAGCUCUUUUGUUGUAUUCGAUAAUUGCGUGCGCCCGUGGUGAGUGUUCACAAGCUCACUCCUCCUUUUCCCAGGCUGUCGAUAUCGCGUUGGAACUCGGGAUGUACCGACAGGAGUUUGCGACUACGUCUUCCAGUGGGCAAGCUGUGGAAGCUGAGAGUCUCCGACGUACUUGGUGGGAACUUUUCACCGUGGAUGUCUACAUGGCCGCUUUGCAGAAGAGGGUUGUCUUGCGAUGCAGCGGCGUUCCUUAUGACGUGGCUUUGCCUUGCGAGGAAUCAGUGUACGCCAGCCAUACUAAUAUACCCUCACCCCCGACACUUGCUGGAUUUAACAAGCGCAUAUUUGCCGACGACGAUGGGGAAACAUAUCAAUCUCGGUAUUCAUCUUUCAGCUACCGUAUCGAGGCAGUGUGCAUCCUGGCACGGGUCCUAGUGCUGAAUAGCCUGCCCGAGACGCAUAGAGAUCACCUGCAAGCCGUGGAAAACGCGCUUGUUAGCUGGACAAACCAUCUUCCGCCGAACAAAGUUGAUAUCGUGGAUACGUAUGGCAGCGUGGAUGAAAUACUGUUUCAAGCACAUACUACCAUCCACUAUGCUGCAAUGCUUUUGCAUCUUCCGAGGAGCAGCCUUCGACCCGCCUGUCCAGAUACAGGGUUCCCAAUUUGCCCAGUGAUUCCGUCUCGACUUUCUCCAUCUUUCACCCGACAUGUUCAUGACAUCAAAGCUACUGAAGCAUCCAAGCAACUGUCUAAUCUUCUGUCCGUCCGUCCUAGCGUCCAAAGAUACAGCCCAUUUGUUGUCUUUAGCCUAGUACUAUGUGGAAUGGUGCAGCUUGCUACGAGUCGGAUCCAUUCAUCAGAUUGUUCAGACCACCACUGCAACCGCAUUAUUCUUGUGCUUGGGUGCUUGAAAACUUUGAAACAGAAGUGGCCCAUUGCAGACCGGGCCCACCGCUACCUGAGAUGCGUGGCAGCAGAGACAUUCACGGCUUGGAUCGAGUCUCGAUAUCCCCAGACUAGUAGUGCUGUGCCUCCAGUCUCGAGAAAUGAUGCUCCCGGCAAUCCCUCGUCUACUGAUAAUAAUGUGUGGCUCUCUAUCACCAGCAAUCAUGGUAUAAACAGGUGUACAGAGGCGGAUGUACAAGGGCUAUUCUCACCUGGACUGCUAUCAGCCUACAUUGACCCAACAUGUAGUGAGCCACUGCUUUUGGGUUCAAUGCCCGAACUUGACUUUACAUGA